CGCCCCGCCGCCUCCCCCCACCAUUAACCUCCUAAUCUCCAGUCAAAACCUAAUCUUUUCAGUUUCUAGGGUUUGGUUCGAUCCAGCUCUAUGGAGUUCGAACGGGCGACUGGUUAUGGCAUCAAGCCAAUACACCAGCGUUUGGGCCCUCUUCCCUCCGCCGUCGGCCGCCGUCACAACAAAGUCUGCAUCUAUUGGGAGGCUGGCCGCUGCAAUCGCCGCAAUUGCCCUUACCUCCAUGGAGAGCUCCCUCGAUCUCUCGAUGUCGCCUCCAAGAAGAGGGCUUCCGUCUGGAGAAACCCUAAGACCGCGGGCAAAAGGGAUUCUGAUCUCCCCAGACUGGACGCGGACAAGGAUCAGACCACGUCGCAGGUUAAUAAGCUGUGCAAAGAUUUCAUCGUCGGAUCAAGCUGUGGUCUCGGCGACGAGUGCAAGUCGUUGCAUUCUUGGUUCACCGGUGACAGCUUCUCUCUGCUUACAGCUCUGCCGUCCCACCAAAAGGUUAUUACUGGAAUUGUGUUGCCAUGGGGUUCUGAUAAGCUCUACACUGGGAGCCAAGAUAACACUGUUCGAAUUUGGGAUUGCCAUAGUGGCCGAUGUGUUCAUACUGUUAAUUUGGAAAGCGAGGUUGGCUGCAUGAUCAGCGAGGGUCCAUGGAUUUUUGUGGGCGUUAACAAUGCUGUCAGAGCUUGGAAUACGAAGACAUUCACUGAUCUAGCCCUCAAAGCCUCGGAUGGUAAAUCCCCCGUCGGACGAGUGUAUGCAUUGGCAUUUGACAAUGAAAGUUUGUUCGCCGCAACUCAGGACGGAUGCAUACUGGCUUGGAAGCUAAAUGACCAAGAAAACAGCUUUGAACCGGCAGUUCCUCUCAAGGGCCAUCAACGCUCUGUGGUCUCGUUAGUCAUCAGAGGUGGAAGGCUUUACUCCGGUUGUAUGGAUAGCACCAUAAGGGUCUGGGAUCUUACUACAUUGCGGUGCAUCGAGACCCUCACUGCCCAUUCAUCGGUCGUUAUGUCUCUCUUAUACUGGGAUAAUUAUCUUUUGUCUUGCUCCUUGGAUGGAACGGUGAAGGUUUGGGCUGCCGGUGACAGCGGCAAGAUGGAAGUUGUGUACACCCACUGCGAAGAUCAUGGAGUCCUUCAAUUAUAUGGGGUGAAUGAUGCACAAGAUAAGCCAGUGCUGUUA